AUGGGUCAAUCGGUCUCCUCCUCUGCCGGUCCUCCCCAACUAACCCGUAGUCAGCGCCAAGAUGAGCUUGUGAACCUGUUUCCUCCUGGCACUGCCAAGGUUCAUCGUCGUCCAAACACAAAUCCCAAUGGGUCUGAAAUUGAAACCGUUUCUCGUUUUGAUUUUCCUGCCGAUUAUGGCUGCAAAUCAUGGGCCGAGGAAUUAUAUAAGGUACUGCAUCACAAGGGCUUCCAUGGACCAGAAUAUUAUAACGAACUUCUGCGUGAUUACUGUGGUAUCGAGGUGCAGCUCCGUAAGCUAAAGAAUCAAUCUAGUUCUAGUUAGCUUCAAUCCUGAAUGUGCUAGUAAUUUACUUUCUGAAUCAUGUCUGUAUUCUGAACCCUUUCUAUAAUUAAUGUUUAUGCUGCUUCCGUAAA